AUGUUUCCUGCCGCUGCUCCGUCCAUUUACCAGUCGCCAAAAUGCUUCGUCACAUACGGCAUCAUGGGUCAUGUUGACCAAAACCAAGCUCCUAAGAAGGGCAAGCCUUGGUCGGCAAUCAUGUCACUGGAUUUUAUACACAAGAUCGACCUCAUCCUUCCCGCAGAGGCUUGCGAUGUCAUCCUUGAGCAGCUCAACAACACUCAGAAGCACCCUCGAUACUACAAGGUCAACAUGACUCUUGGUGAUAUCUUACAGGGUGGCUUCUUCAAUGAGUACAUCAAAAAGGGAAAUAUUCUCAUGCUCUCAGAGGGCAAGUCGACUGUCGGCACACUCUUCACAUUACAUGAAGGCACUCUCACCAUGUAUCUUGACAAGGAAACAUAUGAACGUGCCGGCUUGGUCGGGAAGCCAUACGGAGCCAAGGGUGGAAGGGGAUCAAAGCCACGCUGGGUUGUAUCAUACAACCUUCGAGACCCAACAAUGUUUCGUGGGAAGAAGGGAUUUGACCGGUUGAUCUAUGCCUGCAAAACAGUCUUCAACAAGCCCAUAACUUGGCUCUUUUGUAAUAACACAGAAACGACGCCAAACCCAGAUCCAUUGCAGCAGUUCUUUCCUACAGGCUACACCUCGUCGCCAGGCAUUAGUCGAGACUCUGCCGUAGUUCAACCAAGCCUGGCCGUAGACCCUGAAAUCCUUGCCAACAUCGAUCGCGAGGGCCUCGAGCAUUUCGCAACAGAGUGCUACGAAUGGCUGUCGCUAGUCCGUCUAGCAAGCCCACGAGUUGAACCCCAGGAUAGCAUUGAUUCCUAUCUGUCGCGAUACAGCGUACCGGGAGACACCCACAACAACCGCAACGUCUGCAAGUUGAGCUGGCAAGGAUUCAUUUCGGCACAGUGGCUUCAUGGUUUGCUUAUGGACGUCCUGGCCGUGUGCCCUUCGGAAAUGUGGUUCUCCCUCAGUGCCACGCGCUUCUCAAAGAGUGUCGCGGGUAACAGUGAUGAUCUCACCAUUCUUCGGCCGUCUGUCGCAGCUGGAAAGUACAUCAUGUGGGAAACAAAAUCCCUUGAAUGA